UAUAUAUUAGAUACAAAAAAUGAUUUCUUUCAAAAGAAUUUUCCGGAUUCUACUUUACGUUCUUCUGAUCUCAUUGUUUAUUUAUACGAUAGUCGACGCAAUCAUACAGUAUAAGAAAUUUACUUCCCAGCAAAGUUUGAUUGAUGAAAUAAAUGAGCAUUUAUUGAUACGUACAAACGUACGGACGUUUAUUGUCCGCGGUGGUGACAAUAAUCAAACUGUCGACACUAUCAGAAACGCUAACAAUCGCAAUGUCACGUUAGAUGAUUCAUUAAUCGUCAGCAUAAAAAAAUCAAUGCAAAAUAAAAGCCGUCAUGAAGGAACAAUAUUGAAUGCAUCAUACAAUUUAUCAAUACCUCGUAAAUAUAUUUUCAAAUACAAGAAACAAAUUGACGAAAUAUUUGACCUGAUGCGAGACAAUCGUAUGGAAUUGGAAAAAUUGUGCGUCGACGGGAUCCACCGCCUUGAAGGCUACAUUACCUAUGGCUAUGGCUUGAACAGCUUGAUCCAAGUCGCGGGAAUAAUAAAGGGCUUCUAUAAACUAUUUGAUAAUAUUGUACCCUCGGUUUCUCCUUACGAACUAAGAGAGACGGAAAAGAAAUACUGGUUCCGAUUCAUUGUUUAUUUGACCCGAUUGCUAGCGAUGUACGAGUUCAUUGGUAACGACAAGACGAUCAAGGACACGAUUUGCGUCUGGUUGAUAAACAAAAUCAUUCCUGCGAUUGAUAAAACCAUGGGCUGGAAAAUCGAGCCUCAGGAAAUGGUUUAUAUAGCGAUACCCCGGUUGCUGAAUAGUUUUUACUCUUCAAAAGAUCGUAGGGAAUUUUUGAGUGACGUCAAAAGCGAUCAAUUUAAGAAGUUGGGUCAUAUUAUAGAGGAUCAGAAGAUUGAUGGGAUAAAAGAUGAUGACCUGAUGAUAUUUGAAGGAUUUUAUAAAAAUUUAUAUCAUACAUUUUAUAAUUAUGCAUCGACAGUUUAAUAUUAUCGUGAUUUUAAGAUUUUAUAAAGAAUUGAUUGAAACAUUAUGAUUUUUUUUUAAUAACCGUCGUAAACAUGAUGACGCAUGUAGGAAACAGUGCCUAGACAAUCAGUUUAUCCAGGAUAGACAUUUCUUGGAAGUGAGUCUAAUUCGUCUCCGAUCAGAUAACUAGUUCUUGAACAAUGCAACUCCCAUGCGCGCGUAAGCCUUAAGCACAGUCACCAGGAAUCCUAAAUCUUCGAUGGUCCAACAUAUCGGCUCAGUUCGGUUGAGGUUGGACAGCAUUUUACAUGGUACAUUCCCUGAACUGGUUAUUGGGCUGAUUCCCGCUCGUGGUAGGAUCUAACCCAAGAAGAACUCCAGUUGCUCUCAGUCAAAUCAACUAUACGUAUUUAAAACCACUGACCUUCUGCACUUAGUUUGAAACUAAGCUUUAUUAAUGAUCAGCUUGCUUAAUCUCCAGUCCCCAAUUGGAUGACCAAGCUUAUUAUCAGCUAACAUGCUUCAUUAGCAUCACAGCCACCAUAAAUCCAGAGUCCAACACACUAGCUCAGCUGGUCCAUGGUUUGGCAGCUCACGUCGCAUGGUACCAUAUUCACUGGACUGGUCAUUGAGCUGGUUCUAGUGCGUGGUAGGACGAAGCGACUUUCUGAAUAAACUCUUACAAGAUCUCCAAGUUCUAUAGGUCAAACCUCCUGUACAUAUCUGAAAACCACUGAUCCAUGCUACUCAUCAUAGUGCAAUCAAUUUCUUCUGCAGUCAAUUUGUAUCUAAUCCUUACUGCUGAUUAUCAGCUUGCGUGGGUCAAAACACUAACUCAGCUGGUCCAUGGCUUGGCAGCUCAAGUCGUAUGGUGCGACAUUCUCUGGACUCGUUCCGGUGCGUGGUAGAAAUCAGCUACUUUCUGAAUAAACUCUCAGAAUAUCUCUCAGUACUAUAGAUCAAAUCAACUGUACACAUCUAAAAUCCACUGAUCCACGCUACUCAUCGUAGUUCAACCAAUCUCUUCUGCAGUCAAUUUGUAUCUAAAUUCUACUGCUGAUUAUCAGCUUGCAUGUUCCAACACACUCGUGCGGCUGUUCCACCGCUUAGUGGCUCAUGUCCUAUGUUACAAUGUUCUGUGGUCAUCGAACCAGUUCAAGCACUUCACUGGAUCCAGCUUCUUCUCAAAUAAACUCCAUGGGAUCCAGCUGCUGUAAGUCUAUCACUGACCAGCACCCAAUAUUUUCUGCACUAAAGUAGUAACCAGCUCAGUCGAUCUUCCGUCUAUCACUAGGUAACCCAAUAACGUCUACAAGUAUAAGUUCUCAUGUGAUCUGCGUUGCUUAUGGCUAAUUAGUCAUUUCGACUAAUCAACAAAUUUUUUAAAUUAUUUAUCUUUAUCUAUUAGUCAGUAAGCAAUCACUCUAAUCAGGAUCUUGAAUUAUUAUGGAUACAAAUGAAUCGGUCAUUUAUAAAUACAAGCUCACACUCAUCAUCAUGAUCAUCCUAAUUAUGGCAAUGUCAUUUUUAAUACUCUAUUAUUUACUAUCGCAAAAACUAUCGCCCCACUUUCUUGAUAUCGGGAAUAGUUUAACUGGUAUAACUCAACACGGUACAAAUUUUAAAAAGAUUUUCGCUUCAAUGGAAAAAAUAAAUCAACAGAUAGAAAAACAUUGCGAUGAUAUUACUGAUACUUUAGAAAAAUUCGAGCAUUCUCGUCAUAUUAAUUAACAAUUUUUUAAUUCAUUAUUCUGCUUAUUUAUUAGUUACAGAAAUUUAUUAAUUCGUAAUCAAAAAUGGGGGAAAGUGAUUCAUUUAUAAACAGGCACAAAUGGUAUUUUAUGAUUGGAUUUUUGAUGAUAAUAACAUUAUUGAUAUUGGUGAUAUUUAAUUUAGUGACAGCAAAAUUGUCAACUCACUUUGUCGUUAUCGGUACAGGAUUAAAUGAUAUCGUUGAACUGGGCGAGAAGAUGGAACGUUAUUUGAAUUCUCUCGAGAGUAAAUUUUCAGGAAUAGAAAAACACUUGGGUAAAGUUUCGAAAGUAUGCAACGAUUUUAUGUCCGAUCACCGUUCAGAUGAUAAUCAUGGUGAUUGAUUCAUCGGAAAUUUGGAUACUGAUAUUAUUUAUGACUAUUAUGAAUUCUAUAAAUAAUUGACAAUUUAAUAUUACAAUAUUAAUUUUUAA